GGCAAACAAUGUUAUCCUUGUCCCCCGUCCUCGACUGCAUGCAACUCAAAUAAACAUCGUAAUACAUUAUCCAAUAUUCGCCCGCGUUUAGCUAGUUAAUGCAUUCUUUGCCCACGCCCACGUCCACGCCCUUACCUGCGCCAACGUCUAGCUACUUGAGUGUAUGUUAAUUGGGAGCCAGAGCCACAUUAUUGGUGGUUAAGUUUUGAAAGCCAAUGCCAACGGGCGUGCGCGUGGCGGGGCUUAUGCGCGCACCAGCCCCAACCAUCAGCGCCGCGUUAUUCAUCUUCUUCCACCUGUUUCUCUUACUCUCCUCAUGCAUGGUCUUAUCGGUGCAUGCGGCACCUUCCGAUGCCGAAACUCUCCUUCAAUUCAAGCGCUCGUUAACCUCCGCCACCGCGCUUCACAACUGGGUUCCCUCUGUCCCGCCUUGCGAAAACCACAAGUCAAACUGGGCGGGCGUGCUUUGUUUACACGGCCAUGUUAGGGGCCUGAGGCUUGAGAAUAUGGGGCUUAAGGGCGAUGUUGAUGUAGAUCCCUUGGUUUCUUUAACUCGUUUGCGCACCCUCAGCUUCAUGAACAACACCUUGGUUGGGCCUUGGCCUUCUGUUAUAAGCAAAUUAUGGAGUUUGCGCUCCCUCUAUCUUUCCUAUAACCACUUCUCAGGAGAAAUUCCGGACGAUGCCUUUACGGGUAUGAAAUUUUUGAAGAAAGUGUUUUUGACCAAUAAUGAAUUCAACGGCCAAAUUCCCUCAUCUCUCGCUUCACUGUCUAGGCUUAUGGAGUUGAGACUUGAUGGAAACAAAUUCAAAGGCCAUGUUCCCGACCUUCGAAUGGAUACUUUGAAGCGCCUUAAUGUUUCCAACAAUGUCUUGGAGGGCCCAAUACCUAAGAGCUUAAGCCACAUGGAUCCUUCAUGUUUUUCAGGUAACAGUAUGUGUGGAGGUCCUCUCCCAGCAUGCGAGAAAUCCAAGUUGUCAUCGGCGGGGCUGCUAAGAAUUGCGAUAAUACUGUUAAUUUUGGGGAUAAUAUUAGCCAUGAUUUCUUCCAUUUGCAUCAUAUUGAAUCUAAGGAAGCAGCCUGCGCUACAAUUAGGAAAGGGGAAUGGGAAGAGCCCAGGUAUCAUCGAAGAGGAGAACAAUAAGUACGUGGGCAAGCAAGCCGCAGGGGAUGUAUACAGAUCGACUGAUUCAUCAGUAUCAACGUCGUCGGUUGCGCAGACGACGUCGAGGAGGGCGGGAGCAGACCAAGGAAAACUAUUGUUCGUUAGGGACGACAGGGAGAGGUUCGACUUACAGGACUUGUUGAGAGCGUCGGCGGAAAUAUUAGGGAGCGGAUCAUUUGGGUCGUCCUACAAAGCAACCAUACUUUGCAAUGCAGUGGUGGUGAAGCGGUACAAGCAAAUGAACAACGUAGGAAGGGAGGAGUUUCACGAGUACAUGAGAAGGCUGGGCAGAUUGACGCAUCAAAAUCUACUCCCACUGGUUGCGUAUUAUUACAGGAAGGAAGAGAAGUUGUUGAUCUCAGACUUUGUAGAUAACGGGAGUUUGGCCAGCCAUUUGCAUGGUAACCACAAUGAUGAGGAGACAGGCCUGGAGUGGGCCACAAGGCUAAAGAUCAUAAAAGGCAUAGCAAGGGGGCUGUCUUAUCUCUACACCUCCCUGCCCAGCAUUGUUGCACCACAUGGCCAUCUCAAAUCCUCAAAUGUGCUGCUGGACGACUCCUUCGAGCCUCUACUCACGGACUACGGUCUGCUCCCUGUUGCCAACAUAGAGCAUGGGCAGACACUGAUGAUGGCGUACAAAUCGCCCGAGUACGCGCACCUCGGUCGCAUAACCAAGAAGACGGACGUGUGGAGCUUCGGUAUAGUGAUACUGGAGAUGUUGACGGGGAGGUUCCCAGAGAACUACCUGACCCGGAACCAUGACACCAAAUCGGACCUUGCUACUUGGGUCAACAACAUGAUCAAGGAAAAGAAGACGGCGCUGGUGUUCGAUGCAGAGCUGGGGAGAGCCCGGGAGAGUAAUAAAGGUGAGAUGUUGAAGAUGUUGAAGAUUGGGUUGAGUUGCUGUGAGGAAGAUUGGGAGAGAAGGUUGGAUUUGAAUGAGGUAGUUACCAAAAUUGAAGAGUUGAAUGAUGACGAAGACUUGAGUGAUGGAAUUGGAGAUAUAUAAAUUACCCCAACUCCGGACUUGUUUAUGGACGUCGAUCCUGUCUGCUUCAACUUCACCCGUCACUCGUGUCACUUUCGUUACUACUACUAAGCUGCUACUACUACUGACUACUGCACAGCUUAAUGAGGCUGCGUUGCAAUUGCAUGCGCUCUAUAACCACCAAUGUCUGAUCCGAUCCGACCAACCUCAACUCUCUAUAUCAGCCUUCCCUUAUUUUUUAUUUUCAAACACAAGACACAAUAUCAACAAAUUCAAGUUACUUCUCUCUCUCUUCCUUUUUUUUGUCUCUUGAUCAACUCAGGUUAAUUUCGUUUUGUUCAUUAAUAUGUAAUGCAGGAAUUUGGUAUGAGUUUUGUAA